CGCUCAGCGGUUCAGUAUCGGAGUAGCGUUGCUCUGCCGAGUAUUUGAGAUUGUGUUGUUGCACACUCCGCUUCCCAAUUUACGUUCUGUUCUUUCAUCUUUGUCCCCCUGCCUUUCACCGAGUUUCCUUGUGUCGCAUCGUAAGUCGUUAGUCGACGUAAACCAAGCCAUAAAGUUGUCAGCCUCUCGUAAUAACGGAGCGAGAGCGGGAACUUGGACCCGUCGAACCGUCGAGUCAGCGAACACGCUCGUGACAGUGAUGCGCAUCUAACCGGUAUACAAUCCAUCUUGCUCGUACAGUGGCGCGUAUUUUUUCGCCGUCUCACCUCACGGCAUUUCGUAAGAAUAUUUUUUCGGUGAAACAAGUCCUCCUCUGUGAAAAGUAAAAAGAACCUGAAAUGAUCAAGUAUUCGACCAUAACUGCCGUGGUGUUCCUUUGCGGUCUCGUUGGGCUCACUAGUUCUCAAGAAAGUGUGGACGAUGUGUUGAAUAAAGUUUCCAAUGACUUCAAAAACUUAAACACAUCCGCCCUUCCAGAUUUGAGCACUUUGAAUGCAUCCGCGAUACCUGUUCUCGACAAGGCAAAAUAUUUGUUUAAACAAAAAUGCGAGAAGAACGGAGGUCAAGGUGUAUUCGAAAACGCUGUUCAAGCCGAAGAUAAAUUGGAAGAAUGCCUUAAAUCAUUCGUAAACUUCAAGGAUCUUGUAGCAGAGAUGGAGAAGUAUAAACCUACCGGAGAUUUGGACAUAGUAUUUAGAAGUUACUGCCGCAAGACGCCCAAGCUUAAGAAGUGUGUCAGUGAUUUCACGGCAGCCAUAGAACCUUGCUUGGAAAUAUCGGAGAAAGAGAAUAGAAAAAUACUUUUGAAUAUUACCGAUUCUCUCUUGAACUUUGUUUGUUUUAAAGAAGGAGAUCGUAUUGCACUUUUUAUAUCUGCUAACGGACCAGAAUGUUUACAGUCGAAAGAAAAAGAAAUUGCGAACUGUGUCAACGUUACUUUUGCCAAAUAUAUUCCUCCUAUGGAUGCAAACAAUGGCUCGUUUAUAGGAUUGGAUCGCAUCGAUCAUCUUCUUGAACUUGGUAAUAAAGAAUGUGGGGAUAUUUCCAUUGUCCAAGGUUGCAUUGUUAAGGAAUUGGAAAAAUGUUCAGAUCCCACGCCUGCUAACAUCGUAGACUCCAUAUUGAACUUCAUUUUACGAGUGACGCCGUGUAAAAAUUUGGUAGCCGGUCUAAGCGCCGCAUCUACAUUUACAAUUAGUUUGUUAUUGACUUCGAGUCUAGUACUCUGUUUACUGAAGUUGGAAAAUAUUUCUUCUAUAGGUCACAAUGGAAAAAGAGCUGAUUUAACAUCUGACGAAGAUUCGGUUAACAAUGAUGCAUGUAGCGUUUCAAGCAGUCAAUCCGAUAACCGUAGCAUGUUAGACGAUGUGAACGAUAAUGAAGUAGACGAGUUUGCACAGCAAGAAGCAUUUGAAGAAAAAUUAAAGGAAGCAAUAGAUGGUUUAACACAACGGAGUGCAAAGGGUAGAACAGUUUGCUUUAAUGGAAUGGAAAGAAUAUUUGCCAUCAAAUAUGUUCCGGAUUUCGUCGAAGACAGAAAGAUGACCAUCACAGAUUCCAUAGAACGAGGUCUAAAGAAAGGUCGUGGGGAAGAGCAGUCAACGGCAGCCAGAUUGAGUACUUUACUUUGUGUACAAUUGGGAGCAUUCGAAAGCGCUGAAACAGUGUGCAGGGACUUGAAAAGUACUUUAACUUUCAUAAUUAACGAUACAUCUGCAUCGACUCAAGCUCGCUCCGAGUGCUGUUGGGCCUUGGGCAUGAAUCAGUUUUUAUCAGGCAACGAUGCUGCAGACACUUUCGAAAUUGUACAAUUACUGUCUGGUAUUUUUGCUGGAUCCUACUUGAAAGGGAAUGGAGCUAUACCAAUUAUAUCAACAGAAAUGGCAGCACUACAUGCAGCAGCUAUCUCUUCAUGGACUCUUCUUUUAACAAUUAUGUCUCCAGCUGACGUGUAUAAUUUUGUCGCGAGUGAUAGAUCCAACAAUUAUAUGCCAUCUUUGAACAGAUUGCGUGAAUUAUUGGAUUCACCACAUUUGGAUGUAAGGUUAUCAGCUGGAGAAGCUCUUGCUGUGAUAUUUGAACUUGGUAGGGGCUUCUGCUGUGAUUACGAACAAAAUUGGUCAUUGGAUUUAAUCGAAGUAUUGAAAGAAUUAGCAACAGAUUCAAACAAGUAUAGAGCAAAGAAGGAUCGUAAACAACAAAGAGCAAAUUUCCGAGAUAUACUUCGUUAUAUAGAAGAAGACACUGUAUCAGAAAUGCAUGUAAAAUUUGGCCAAGAAAUUCUAUAUCUAGAAGGAUGGUGUGCACGAACUCAAUAUAACGCAUGCUGUAGAUUAUUAGGUCCAGGUAUUAAUAUUCAUCUUGCAGAAAAUCAACUUUUACGCGAAAUUUUCCAUCUUGGUAAUAAAGUUUUGCCCGUCAAAUUGAAUCAAAAAACCACCAAAUUGGAAAGGACGUUAAUGAAUGCAGCUGCAUUUAAGGCUCGUACUAUUCUACGCAAUAAGAACAGAGAUAAACGAUCAGCAGCCUUGGCACCAUAAUUCUUCAACUUUCUGCUUUUAUACAAUUAGAUAACUUGAUUUAGAAUAAUGGAAAGUCCAAUAUACUUUUUAUUUAUUAUAACUGUUUGGAAAUAAGAAAUCAUUAAAUGUUGGAUUUUUUCUAUAACCAACUAGAAAAAAUUGUAAAUAGUAAUAAUCGUGGACAAAAAGAUUAUAGCUGAAUUUUGUUUGAUCUGAUGUAACUGAAACUUUUUUGUUUGAGCCUGUUCUCGAUUUGUUGAAAACAAUGCUAUCGUCUGACGCUAUUUACAUUCUGUAUGUACGAAACUAAAAUAUAUAUGUAUAUACAACAAAUAAUUGGUAUGAUAACAACUUAUUAUUGUUUUCUAUACAUAUGUAGUAAUAAAAUUAUUAAUAUUAUUAAACACAUUUUUGCGAUACUGGAA